UCUGUCUCAAAUUAACCAACUUUGUUUCUUCCAAAAUUCAACCAAAAAUAAUAAAAAUAAAUCAAAAAAUAUUUUCGUUUCAUAUUUCAAAAUAAUUGUUCAAUUAUUUUGGAAAAUUUUAUAAUAUAAAAGAGAAAUUAGCCGGAGAAAUAUCCAAGUAAAUUCAGAACGAAUAAAAUAUUCGAAUGGCUGUUUUUUAUUUUGAUUAAUUUUUUGCAAACUUUUUCUUGUUCUUAUUUGCGAGAACGUUGCUGCUGUGUGUUUGUGUGCGUGUGUGUUCGUUGAAAGCAUACAAAAAAGCGAGCAGUAGUUGAACUGAAGUAGAAGAAGAACUAAAGAAGAAUAAAACAAAAACAAUUGUGUGCAGAAAAGACGGAUUUUUGAAGAAAGAAAAAAAACUAUCUAGGGGUCAAAAGUUGCUUUCUUCAACUGGAAGAGCAAAACGGAACUCCACGAACUGUAAACGUAACAGAUUAUCAGAAAUACAAACAAAAAGGUAUCCAUCAUGGCAGUGAAUAUGGCAGUAUCGCGUAUAAAGCGCGAAUUCAAGGAAGUUAUGCGCAGCGAAGAGAUUGUCCAGUGUUCGAUAAAAAUUGAAUUGAUCAACGACAGUUGGACCGAAUUGCGCGGUGAAAUAGCCGGUCCACCAGAUACACCCUAUGAGGGAGGCAAAUUUGUUUUGGAAAUUAAAGUUCCCGAAACAUAUCCCUUUAAUCCCCCUAAAGUUCGUUUUAUAACAAAAAUAUGGCAUCCCAAUAUAUCAUCAGUCACAGGUGCUAUAUGUUUGGAUAUUUUAAAAGAUAACUGGGCCGCUGCCAUGACAUUACGUACCGUGUUGUUGUCAUUACAAGCUCUAUUGGCUGCAGCAGAACCAGAUGAUCCCCAAGAUGCUGUUGUUGCUUAUCAAUACAAAGAUAAAUAUCAGCUAUUCGUAAUGACGGCUAGGCAUUGGACAAACGUUUAUGCUGGAGGCCCCCACAAAUAUCCCGACUGUGAUGCUAAAAUUCAACGCUUGAAGGAUAUGGGCAUCGACGAACAUGAUGCACGUGCCGUACUGUCGAAAGAGAACUGGGAUUUGGAAAAAGCGACUGAAAGUCUAUUUAGUUAGCUUCACUUUAACGAAUUUUCAAAACAACCACAAUUCUCCCUCACCCAUAAAUAGGCAAAAGAUUCACGCCACAUUGGGGAUUAUUUUAAGUUUGAAAAAUGGAAAAGAAAAAAAAUUAAGCGCUUAGAAAAAAGAGAUAAGAAAACAGCUAAACCAAUUAUCAUUAUGAUUAUCCACAAAGCGCUAUAACAAAAAAAAAAAUUAAAUCUAUUUCUAAUUUAUUAUUUCUAUUUCAAUAUCUUGUUUUCAACUAAAUUACCGUUUUAAUAAGUUAAAUUCUCCCAAACCACAAAUAUUUUGUAAUUCACAGUUUUUUUCUUUUAAUUGAUUUGUAUUCACCAACCAAAACCAUAAAUUCUCAUUUAAGUUAUUAUUUUAAUAUAUGUUUCUUGAGACAGUUGAACUGUUCUCAAUGCCUUAAUAUUAAAAAAAAAAUACUUUCCAAAAACACACCCACACAAACACUUCAUUGCCUUUUCACUUAGGAUAUUCUGAAUUCUUUUAUUUUGUCACAUUUUUACAAUUUCCCUCCCAUUCGCUGUCGCCUAAACCUAUCGAUGUUUUGUGCUCUGUUUUUUUGUUUGAUUAUUACAUUAACCGAUUUUUAUUAAGGAAAAUUAUUUAAAACAUAAAUGAAAAAAAUCACAAGUAAUAAAUUUAGAUUGUAAAAAAAUACAAAUACAAAAAUAAAAAAUGCAGUCCAAUAAA